UAUUCAACCGCAUUGCUAAUGGAAUUUUGCUACUUAGUUUCCUGCAUAAGUUUUAGUAGCACUUCGUACUGUGUGUGUCUGUGUUGUACUAUGUUCAAUUCGGUAGCCUGGGAGCUCGAUUCAGAUCUUUCAAUUUUGCAUACGUGACCGUUUGGAGAAAAAUUUCGAUUAAUAAGUUCGGAUCGAAAUAGAGUCGAGUGAAGACCAACAAAAUGGCUGGAAUCAAUUCUGAAGUGUACGAUGUUUUUCAUCCGAAUCCAGUAUCUCUGAAAGACCUACCAGCGAUGGCCGUUAGCCUGGGAAUAUGGCGCUGUGAAGUGAUGAAAUAUCGUUCUAGCGAUGAUACAUUGACAAGAUUUAAUCCAGAGGUCCAAAAUAUUUCAUCAAAUACUGUGCUGCCUCAUUUACCAUCUGUGAUUCGUGCUACGAUCGAUAGAUAUUUGACGAAUUUUAGAUUCUCAUUGGGCCAAUGGCUGCAUAGUCAUCACGAACGAGUAUUUCAUUUUCAUUACAACCAUCAGAACCAUGUUUUGCGAUACUUCGACGAUUUCGUGUGUGAUUAUAACGGAACUAUUCAUUAUGUGAAGACAGCCGAGCGUAUGAUGCAUUGUGAUCAAUUUGACGUGCAGCAAAAGUUCAUAAUUGCUUGUACGUAUUUCUUCGAGGACGAUAUCAGACGACUUUGGCCAUUAGUAUCGAGCAAUAUGGAUUUGAAUAGUAUCAAUUUCUCAGUAAGCCCACAAUUGUAUUAUUGGAUUUGUUACCUGAAAAAAAGAUUAGAUAAAAUACCAAUCUCACGCUGGGACAAUUGUGUCGAGAAUGUAAUGUUAACCAGAACCAUGACUCACAACAGACCAUCUGUGGAAUAUUUCUGGAACCGUAUACCGACAGAAAGUAGAGUGCAAAAGGGUUAUGACCUUUUCCACAGUGACGUGCAAUCUUUCGCUCGGUAUAUUUUUCCAAAGUUGGACGAUCAACAGCUCGAUAAUUUUGUUAAUGUUGGCGAAUAUGGUUUCGAAUUGAUGCGUGCUCUGUGUCUAAACUCUUGGUACGAUAAGGAAUUCAUUCAUUCGAUUUGGAUGCGAAUUCGAAACGUAAUAAACCAAACGGCUUUUACAAAUGGAAUCAUAAUUGCAUUGCAAUUUGAGAAUGGAGAAUAUAUUUCAAUGUUAGGUAUAAGCUACUAUGAGGACUAUAAAGAUGACAAAGAUGGCUGUAUUCGCAGGAAUUGGUUUAAUAUGUGUUGCGAAAUAUGGAACAGUGCUCCGGAAAGGUUGAAACGUUCGGCAGUUGAAGAAAUUACAUCUAAUUAUAGACUGUUUGAAGGCUUACAGACUUUAAGUAGUUCAAUUCCACCAGAGCCGAAAGAAUACGUAUUCUUCUCAACUUUUCUUUCGUAUGCCACUUACGAGGAGAGGAAAACGUUUUGGUCUGAUUGCUGGAGACGUUUGAUUCAAGGCACACGAUGCCAAGAUUUCAAAAAAUUGAUGAACUUGUGUUUUGAAAACGAAGAUGAGAUUACCCAAUUCAGGGAAAACGUCAUGGCCAAUAACGACAAUGGUAUUAUCUUUUAUAUUUGCGAAUCAUAUCUGCUAGAAUUCUGUUUCGAUGAAGUGAAUGAGUUUGUGAGUCUUUCAAGGCCGGAUACACAAGCAGCUAGAAAUUUCAAACAACAAAUACUGCAGUCAGUUUUUUUCGGCGAACUUCGAUACUUUCGUGAAAUUGAAGUUAUGAUCCGUAGGCCAAGAGAAUUGAAUGAAUUCAUCAACGAUGCCUACAACGAUACCGAUAUGUCUUGGAAUUUUAAAAAUCAACUUGUAUGUUCACCUGUUUUACUCCAGAUUUUACCCUGCUCUGCUUUUUCUGUUCCUAUAGAACUGUUUAAGGAAUUUAUCGAUUUGUUUGUUUCGAGCAAAGAUAUCGUGUUGCAGAUAAAAACAGGUAUAAUUGAUUUUGUAAAAAAAGUAGCUGACCUUAAAACUACUGUAUCCGAGUCUUCUUUAACUUCACUUCUAUCAUGGUGUUUAGAAAACGAUGAGGAAUUUAUGGAAUUCAAAUGAAUUUCUUAGGCUUCAAUCCGUAAUGGACCUACUUUAAAGAGAUUUUGAUUGUUAUGUACCUGUUUGUCGAGUCAAAUUUUCUUUGCACUUUUUUGAAACCAGAUUGGAAAUUUUCACUUUCUCAAAUCAAACGUUUGAAUUUUUUAAAGUUAAUUCAUAUUUUAUAAUAUUUUUUGUUUUGUUUUCUGUUAUCAUAGCUUUACCUACUACUGUUUGUUCAUAAGUUUAAUACUCGUAUUUGAUGAAUAAUUAAACUUUCAAAUUUAUGGUAAACUCUUACGUUUUUUUCUCAAUGUCGGCAGGGAAUGGAGGGGAGAGGAGAUCUUCGCUGUUUUGUGUUGGAGUUCUCUCACAUGGUUGCAGAAAGAAAAUGUAGGUAGGUAUCUACAUAUCUUCAUUUCGGUGUCAACCGUUCGU